AUGGCCUCCUCAUUGCCGUCCGACGAUGCGGAUGACGCCGGUAGGCUGCCGCCGCCUCGUCCCUGGCCAGGUCAUGGUGACCUCGGCCGAGACCUUGACCGGAUGGACGACCAACACUCGCCCCUCCUCGGCCGCCAUCGGUCCCGCGCAGGCGGCCCUCCAGGUGUCGUCGACGAGACGCAGGCCACCGGGAGCCUCUGGUACAUGACGAUGCUGACCAUCGGCGUCGCCGGGCUGCAGAUUGCCUGGUCCGUCGAGCUGUCCAACGGCUCGCCCUACCUGCUGUCUCUCGGCCUCAGCAAGUCGCUCAUGGCUCUCGUCUGGCUCGCCGGCCCUCUGACAGGCACCAUAGUGGUGCCCUACGUCGGCAUCCUGAGCGACAACUGCCGGUUGCCCUGGGGCAGGCGCAGGCCCUUUAUGGUGGCCGGGUCCGUCGCCACCGUCGCCGGCCUUUUGUUCCUUGCCUGGGUCAAGGAAAUCGUCGGAGGCGUCCUGGCCCUCUUGGGCGCCGAUCCUGCUUCUCGCGGAGUCGAGGUCGCCGUCAUCGUCGCCGCCGUGGCCGGAAUCUACCUCCUGGACGUCGCCAUCAACACGGUCCAGGCCGCCAUCCGAGCCUUCAUCGUCGACUGCGCGCCGGCCCACCAGCAGGAGCUCGCCAACGCCAUGGCCAGCCGACUCACCGGCGUGGGGAACAUCGUGGGCUUCGUUGCCGGAUACGCCAACCUCCCUGCCCACCUGUGGUUCUUCGGCGAUACCCAGUUCAAGGUUCUCUGUGCCAUUGCCUGCAUCGCCCUGACCCUGACGAUAGCCCUGAGCGCCUCCGCCGUGCACGAAAGCGAUCCCCGAGCCGGUGAAAGUCCCGCGACGAGGACGCCUGGCGUUGUCGUCUUUUUCUUCCGAAUCUUCCAGUCCAUCAAGCGCCUUCCACCCCGAACCAAGCGAGUGUGUGAGGUUCAGUUCUGCGCCUGGAUAGGCUUCUUCCCGCUCCUCUUCUACACCUCGUCGUACAUUGGCGAGAUUUAUGUCCAACCCUUUCUGAGGAGAGACCCCCACAUGGCGCCGGCCGAGCUCGACGCGCUGUACGAGGAAGCGACGCGGAUGGGAACCUUUGCCCUGCUCAUCAACGCCAUCGUCAGCCUUUCGACCAACCUUUUUCUCCCGAUCUUCAUCGCACCAACCUCGGCUCAUCCGCAGGUCGCAGCCGGCCCCCGAAGCGGGAGGUUGGAUGCCCUGAAGGCCAACGACGGCAACGACGUCUCGUACUUGGACCGUUUGAAGAUUCCUGGCUUCACCUUGAAGCGAGCUUGGCUUGCCUCUCUUUUCCUCUACGCCGCCGCAAUGUUUUGUGCCCCCUUCGUUGGCUCGGUCGAGGCGGCCACCGCUCUCAUCGGCGUGACGGGCGUUACCUGGGCCAUGGCACUCUGGGCGCCGUGGGCCAUCAUCGGUACCGAGAUUCGUCGACGUGACGCCGCCGAGCGAGCGAGAAGGCUCCGAGUUCGGGGACCGCACCCAGACUCGAGCCUCGACCCCGCCUCCUCCCGCCGUGUUGUCGGACCAGCCGAUGACGGCACCGGAGCAUCGAGCGAGGUGGACCAAGCCGGUGUCAUCUUGGGCAUUCACAACAUGGCGAUUGCCGUGCCGCAGAUUCUCGCCACGGUGGGGUCGAGCGCCGUCUUCAAGAUUUGGCAGAAGCCUCGCGGAACUCCCGGCGACCGCAGCUUCGCCACCGUCAUGGCCCUCGGCGGCGCUUGCGUGCUUGGAGCCUCUUACUUUGCGUCUAAAAUCAACGAUGACGGGCCGGAGGAGAGUGUAGAGGAAGCAGCAUGA